AUGGCCACCUCAAACGUCCCCAAAACCAUGAAGGCAAUCCGCGUGACAUCCUUCAACAGCCCCUACGAGAUUCAAACCAUACCCGUACCCUCACCAACCUCCUUGGCGCCUCACGAUCUCCUCGUCAAAAUAGCAGUCGCAUCCUACUGCCACACAGACAGCAUGGUCUCCUCCGGUAUCUUCAACACAUCCCUCCCCUGCACCGCAUCCCACGAAGGCUCCGGCACCGUCGUC